GAGAUUUCAGUUAUUUUUCAUUCGGAGUGUUUUGAUGAAGUUUCACGUUAUUUUACUGUUUUAGUAAAAUUCUUUAUUAUUGAUACCCCUGAGAUAUGACAAUAUAAUUGCAAUUUUAAAUUUAUGGUUUUUUAGGCUCUAAAAUGUUUGGUUCUGGGUCAGGAGCAUUUUCCGGUGGGGCCGGAAACACAUCGGGAUUUGGUCAGUCGGCAUUUGGUAAGCCCACAGCACCUGCAGUGUUUGGCCAAACAAAUACAUCAUUGUUUAAUCAGACUACACAGCCUAAUACAGGAUUGUUUGGAUCUACUGCUGCUGCGCCUGCAUUUGGUCAAACGCCUACCGCUCAACCAUCAUUUGGAGGUUUCAAUACUGGUGGAGCGUCAUUGUUUGGAACUCCUACAGCAACAUCUGUGUCUACAGGAGGGUUAUUUGGUCAACAAAAUGCUUCAAUGGGAGGAAAUACUGGAGGUGGAUUAUUUGGUUCUAGUAAUCCUAAUACUUCAUUUGGACAAUCAAAACCAGUUGGAACAGGAUUCUCUUUUGGAACACCAGUGGCACAGCAAACUGGUAAUAUAUUCGGUACACCUCAAACAAGCACUGCAGGCACUGGAAUGUUUGGCGCCUCUACUACUGGUACUUUUGGUGCUACAUCUGGUUUUGGAGCAACAUCUGCUGGUGGAACAACCAUAAAAUUUAAUCCUGUGACUGGUACUGAUACAAUGGUCAGAAAUGGUGUAAAUCAAACAAUUAAUACUAGACAUCAAUCAAUAACUGUUAUGAAAGAAUACGAAACAAAAAUAUUUGAGGAACUAAGAUUUGAAGAUUAUUCUGCAAACCGCAAAGUUGGACAACAGGGUGCUGUUGGCGGAGGAAUUUUUGGAUCCCCUAAAACUUUAUUUAGUUCUACAACAACUACAAGUACAGGUUUAUUUGGAGCAAAUGAUAAUAAACCACUUUUUGGUGCAACUUCAACAACACCUACAUUAGGAGGAUUUGGAAACACUGGUACUUCAAACGUUUUUGGUGCACAGAAUAGCUUAUUUGGAAAACCUCAACAAACAACACCAGCAUUUGGUACUCAACCAUCUACUCAAGCGUUCGGUAUGAGUACAGCUCAACCAAAUAUUUUUGGAUCAAAUACAGCUCAAACAGCUAAACCAUUUGGAGUUGCUGCUCCUCAGACAAAUAUAUUUGGAAGUACUGCUCCUUCAACUUUUGGUACUCAAACUACAGGAUUUGGCCAAACUGGUUUCGGACAACCCAAUCAGAACAACUUAUUUGGUCAAAAUAAACCAGCAUUUGGUCUUGGAUCAACACAGACAACAACAGGUUUUGGUUUUGGAACUAACACAUCUACUAGUGCAAAUGGUCUUUUUGGAAGUAAACCUGCUAAUACUGGAUUUCAAAUGACUACUCCAGCUUUUGGUACAAACAAUGCUUUUGGAGCUACGUCAACAGCUCAACCAGCUACUGGUGGUUUAUUUGGCUCUAAUGCUUUUAAUAAGGCACCAACUACAUCAUUAUUUAACCAACCAACAAAUCAACAAACAGGUGUAUUUAAUAAUGCUGCAAAACCCGGAGGGCUGUUUGGCCAAGGAACACAAGGAACUGGACUUUUUGGAUCAUCUAACUCUAAUAAUUUUGGUUCAGGCGGGACAUCAUUUUUUGGUAGUAACCAAUCUAGUGGAAUCGGACUUUUUGGAAAUUCCAAUAAUGUUCAGCUAUCUACCAAUCAAGUAUCACAAAGUAAUCAAAUGCAAUUACAAUUAGAUACAUUAAAAGCAAUGCCAUAUGGAGAUUCACCUUUGUUCAAAAGAUUUUAUAAGGAUGUAUCAAAAGUAGACGACUCAUCUCUUGUACGAUCACAAAGUGUAUCACUUGAGAAGUUUGGUAGCUAUAAAGUUUCUCCGAUACCAACACCAAAAAGAAUACCUCAAAUUCGUAGAAAUUUCCCUCAAUUUAAUCGUAAGUCCUUAUUUGACGGACUUGAAGAAUCUCCGCCAACAAUGAAAUGCAGAGAUAAAGUAGGGGACAAUUCACUACUAUUUAAUGCUUCUUCUCCAAGAUCGGGCUGUAAGAAAUUAAAUUUAAAAAAAGACUACAAUGACUGUAGUAAAUUAAACAAUGGAAAUAGUAUGAUUAUGCAUACAAAACCACUUGCUAAAUUAGAAUUAUAUUUUUCUAAUAAACAAGUCUCGCCAGAUGAUAGUUCAAAUACUGUUAAUUUGUCUUUAAUUGAAGAAAACAAUACAAUUUCUCAAUUAAAAAACAAUAAACAAAUCAAUUUGAAUACUUCAAAAGGAACAGAAGUCUAUGAAACUUCUCGAAAUAAUAUUACUGAUGCUGUUGUCAUCGACAACCAAGAACCUUCAAUUGAUUCCAGUACUCCUGAAGCAGAAGAUCAUCCUACUGGGAUAAAGUUAAGACGUGUUGGAUAUUACACUAUUCCACCUAUGAAUGAAUUGGCAGAAUUAGUAGAUGAUGAUGGAUCAUGUUUUGUGGAUGGUUUCACAAUUGGACGCUAUGAUUACGGAAAUGUAUAUUUUCCUGAUCGUCUUAAUGUUGCAGGUCUAGACUUAGAUACUAUAGUACAUAUAAGACAUAGAGAAAUUAUAAUUUACCAAGAUGAUGAACUUAAACCCCCUCUAGGAGAGGGAUUAAAUAGAAAGGCUACUGUUACUUUAGAUAGAGUCUGGCCUAAUGAUAAAACAACAAAACAACCAAUCACUAACCCUGAUCGUAUUGCAGCUACAAAUUUUGUUGUUAAACUUCAAAGGGCAUGUGCCAAAUUAAGCACUCAAUUUGUAGAUUAUCGUUCAGACACAGGAUCUUGGGUGUUUAAUGUUGAACAUUUUUCAAAAUAUGCUCUUAUAGAUUCUGAUGAUGAAGAUGAGGAUAUCGUACUGGAUCGUAGUGUUGAUUCUAAAACUCUUCCUAAACCAAUUUUACAAAAACCUAAAACUAUAAAAUCAACAGAAAACAUUAGCCCAAAACAAAAUGUUAUGAAACCAUUACUAGAUCUUUCUGCUGGUCUUGAUAGAGCUCAAUUACCACAUCAGUAUUUAUUAAAACCAAACUUUCAGCUCUCUACUGUUAGUGAAUUAACUAAUGAUUCACAUAUUAUGCAUUAUUAUGACAUGAACAAAGAAAAUAGCAUUAAUGUAACUGCUCAGCUAUCACAACAUAUGAAUUUACAGGCAUCAAAAAUACAAUGCAUGAAAGCUUCAUUUGAUGAUAUUUUUUAUAAUGAGUUGAUGGAACAAGAUGAUGACACUUAUGGACAAAAAGAUAAAUUUGAAGACAAGUUAGAAAAAAUCUUGGAAACAAUUCCUGAAUGUUUAAUUAGCCCUAAAACUCAAGAUAAUAUUUCCAAGUCAAAAUCUAUAAUAACUCCAGUAGAUAAUCAAGUAUCUCCAAAGUUUCUCAUCACAAAACAAAAAAAUAAAGUUGUUCAAGUUGUCGAAUCAUUAAAACCAGUUUUAACCGCCCCACUUCAAGCUCAACGGUUUAAUUUAAUAUAUGAUUCUAAUGUCCGACUACCAUUUGAAGUAGAGUUUAAUAAUACAUGCGAGUCUAGUAAACUGUCAUUAUUAAAUACUUUAUCAAUGAAAGUUCCUUGGUCAGGCAAUUUAACAUUUAUUACUCUUAAUACCAAAUCUAAGGGAAGUUUUUUACCAACAAAAGGACUGGAUAUUGGUUAUUUAUCAACAGAGUUGUCUGGACGUGGAAAAAAUGAUUAUUCUUCUACAAUUUUACAGAAGUUACAAAUUAUAACCCCUGUUAAAACUGAGACAUUCAUUGAAUUAUUGACUGAACAUUUAGAAAUUUGUAUGAUGAAUAGUAACUGUGAUGCUAAAAACAACAACAUUCCAUACUUUUAUCCAACAUUUGGAGUUGAUGCAUUACAUUCUCAUUGUUAUUUGUUGUCUCACUUCUCUGAACUACCUGAAGAAGAACACUAUUCUCAUGUAUGGGAGUUGAUUAAAGCAUUGUGGGGAGAUCCAGAAAAUCUGUAUACUAAAGACUAUCCUCAAGAACACGUAUACAAUAUGGCUAGACGUCAGGCAGUGUCUGAUUGGCUAGAAAAUGUAUUAGAAAAAACAGUAGAUUCUAAUAAUGCUGACGAGAAUGUCUCUCAAAAAAUAUUAAAUCUAGUUUCAGUACAUAAAAUUAUGGAAGCUUGUGAUUUAGCAAUUUCUAAUAAUGAAUUCAAUUUAGCAAUGUUAUUAGCACAAUUAGGAAGUGAAAAUUCUGUCAGAUGUUGCAUUCAACGACAACUUUGGCAAUGGUUCAAUAGCAAAGCUGAUCUGUUCAUAGAUAUUGAUCAUCUUAAGUUGUACACUAUGAUUUCAGGUCAACCUUUAUUCGAUUCCAAUCAAGGAAUAGUUAAUGUUUGUGAAAAUUUAAACUGGAUAAGAGCUUUUGCUAUACACAUGUGGUACAUCCAACCUCCAUCUAGUACUAUUAGAGAUGUACUAGAUGCAUAUCAAAGUUCAUUUGAAAGUGACGACUCUUAUGCUUUCAAACCAUAUAAAACAUAUGAUGGCAUUAUUGAUAUUGAUGAUAAAUUUGCUACUUAUGAUAUUUGUUAUCAUUUAAUGAAACUUUACACCGAUUCAGCAUACCAAAUGGACAAAAUUAUAAAUCCAUUUACUCAUACACGGGAUCCAAUGGAUUAUAAUUUUUGUUGGCUUUUGUACAACACAUUACAAUCUCUUGGCUAUACACAAAUGUCUGAAUCAUAUGCUAAUCAAUUACAUAUAAAUUUUGCUUCGCAGUUGGUAUCACAUGGACAAUGGCAAUGGGCCGUAUUUGUUCUUAUGCAUAUAAAGACGAACACUUGAGAGAAAGUUUAGUUGAAGAGGUUAUUGGAAGAAAUGUUGAACUACCCGUUAGUAAUAUCAAUGAAAUCAUUCUGUCUGAUAAAGAAACCUUUGUAAUAGAAAAGUUAAAUGUUAAAGAAGUAAUAAUAUAUAAUGCAAAGG